AUGUCUACGGCGAAAAAGAGGAAGUGUCAUUUCUCGGACGAUUAUACAAAAGAGUGGAGUUUCAUAAAGAGAGGACGUACAAAUGAAGAAGCGAUGUGUAGUAUUUGUAAUUGUUUUAUAUCAAUUUCUCACGGCGGUAAGGGAGACGUAAAACAUCACAUUUCUACAACCAAUCACAAAACUAAAUUCAUGACAGUAUCGACAGCAAGGCCCAUAUCUGGAUUUAUGAUUAAAGAAAAUACCCAAGAAGAAGUACUUAUUGCUGCAGCGGAACUAACGACAGCAUAUAAAGUUGUUAAACACCAUCAGUCAUUCAAAUCUCUUGAUUGUACCGUGAAAUUGAAUUCCACAAUGUAUCCCGACUCAAAAGUUGCUGCAAAGCAGUCUACAGCUAGGACAAAGGCUACAGCCAUUGUAACAAAUAUUCUCGCUCCACACUCCGUGAAUGAAACUGUAAAAAAAAUUCAAGAAGUUUCUUUUUACGGUAUAGGCACGGAUGCGUCCAAUCACAAAGCUGAAAAGAUGUUUCCUUUACUUGUUCAAUAUUUUACGGAAACUGACGGUAUCCAACAAAAACUGUUGAAGUUUGAUUCUUUAAAAAAUGAAACAUCGGAAACAAUAUCGAACUAUUGUAUUAACUCAUUAAGAGAACUGCAGAUUUCUUUGGAUAAACUAAUAGCUUUUUGUGGAGACAACGCCAAUACCAACUUCGGAGGACUUAAUCGACAUGGUCAAAACAAUGUUUUCAAGAGAAUGAAGGAAGAAUUAGGAAAAUCGUUAGAAGGAAUUGGGUGUCCGGCCCACAUUCUGCACAAUACAGUAUCCAGCGCUGCUGAAAUUUUAUCUGUGGAUGUUGAAGUCAUUGUCCUAAAGAUUUUUCACUAUUUUUCGAUAUACACAGUUCGCACAGAGAGGCUGAAAGAGUUCUGCUCAUUUAUUGAUAUAAAUUACCAAACUCUUUUGUCGCACUCAAAAACAAGAUGGCUGUCGUUAAUGCCCGCUGUUGAGAGAAUCCUAAAACUUUGGAUUCCGCUUAAAGAUUUUUUUGACGCUGAAGAACGGCCACCUAAAAUAAUUUCAGAUUUCUUUAGAAAUCCGGUCAGUGAAAUUUAUUUUCUAUUUUUGCUGUCCAAUUUGAGCUUAUUCGAACGAAAUGUAAGAAGUGUUGAAAAGAAUAAAAUAUCUAUAAUUGAAAUAAAAAACAUCUUAGAUGAAACACAAAAACAACUGCUUGAAAGAAAAGCUGACAAGUUUAUUGGCAUGCAAACUAAAAUAGAAUUGAAUAAACUUAAAAGGGAAAAUCCAACACCUGAAACAGGAAUAUUGAUUUCUAAAUUUGAGGAGGAGACGGUACUGUUUUAUAAUACAGCAAUAGAUUAUCUGAAAAAGUGGUCUGUUUCAUUUAAUAAAUAUGAAAUUUUCAAUUGGAUGACGCUAACUGAAAUCCCAGAAUGGGCGAAGAUUGAAGACACAAUUCUAUAUCUUACUGAACAUGGUGUGGAGAUUUUGGGUGACAGAUGCUAUGAAGAAUAUACGUAUCUGAAAACCUUUUUGGAGUCUGAACGGGCAUCUGAAGAAUGGAAGUCGAAGAAGUCUCUGGAAGAGAAAUGGAUGUACUUUUUGAACAAAACCGAAAAUCCCGAAAGAAAGUGCCAAAUGCUUAAACUAUGCCAGUAUUUAUUUGCAAUUCCAGCCCACAACGCUACAGUGGAAAGGGUGUUUUCUUUAAUGACGGCUCAGUGGACUGAUGAAAGGAAUUCUCUGCUGCCGAAAACAGUGGAGUCAAUAUUACAGUGUCAGAUAAACUAUAAUAUGACAUGCAUUGAGUUCUACCAUUAUGUUAAAGGCAAUAUAGCCUUGCUAAAAAAAGUUAAGUCCUCGGAAAAAUAUAACAUGCCGAGUACUUCUUCUGCUAAUUCCUAA